AUGUCUAUCCCUUACAGUGGUACUAUUCGAAGAUCAGGGGGUGUAGUUUCUGCGAUUGGAAAACAGCUAAGAGCUGUAAAUCUCAAAGCCGCUAAAAGAAUAACCGUCAAGUUUGACCCAUUCAGUGAUAAUGUUAAGCAUACCAGGAAUUUUCUCCAUUAUAUAAGUUCACAAAAGAUAAAUUUCACAAAUCCCAAUUGUUCACUUAAAACAGUGGUAGUGUGUGAUCGCAGUGAGCCAACAAUUGAUGUAUUGAUUGCUCCUUCAGUAGCAGAAUCUACGAAAUUCAAAAACGUCACAUUAAAAAGUGGAAAUCUCACAUGUUUAGAAAUUCUUCAACUAUUUAAUAAGCAUAUAUCUUCAUUAGCACCUGCUGAACAAGUUACAACAACUGUUCAAACUAAGUUGGUGAAAAAGAAGAGCAAAAAAAAGUAA